GCCGCGCUGACGUCAUCGUGAACACGUGGGUUUGUUAUUACAGGAAGUAAAGAUGGCGGCUCAGACCCUACUCUCAGAGUCUGUGAUCGGAUGGUCAAUUUUCACUGUUGUUCUGCUGGUGAUCCUGGCUUUCUGCUGGAUCUACAUUCGCAAAUUUCAGAGUCGGCAAGACAGUGAAGUUGUUUCAACUAUCACAGCGAUAUGUGCGCUGGCCAUCGCUUUGAUCACCUCGGCUCUGCUACCGGUGGACAUAUUCCUUGUUUCCUACAUGAAAAAUCCCAAUGGUACCUACAAGGAAUGGGCUGCAAACAAUGAGACAAGAGGACAAAUUGAAGCCACUGUGCUGUAUGGUUAUUACACUCUCUACUCCAUCAUACUAUUCUGCGUCUUCCUCUGGAUCCCAUUUGUCUACUUCUACUAUGAAGAAAAGGACGAUAACAAUGCAAACAAAUGUUCGCAAGUGAAAAAUGCUCUGAAGUACACGGUCGGAUUUGUCAUUGUCUGCGUGGUGCUCCUUUUAAUUGGAGCAUUUAUUCCACUUGAGGCCCCACCUGGACAAAAUUCCACUCAGUGGGAGAAGGUGCAGUACCUUUUUGAUGAGCUUGGCAGUAGUCAUGGCCUUCCAGCUCUGUCUUUCUCCAUCAGCUCUUUGACCUUGAUUGGCAUGUUGGCGGUGAUCACUUACACGGCAUAUGGAAUGUCUGUCAUGCCUCUGAAUCUGAUAAAAGGCACACGGAGCGUGGCGUACGAACGCCUUGAGAACACAGAGGACAUUGACGAGGUUGAGCAUCAGAUAGAAAACCUGAAAUCCAAGUGUAAGGAUGGACGUCCUCUGUCCUCAAAGGACAGACGCAGCCUGCAGGAGCUUGAGGGCAAACUUCAGGUCCUCCAGCGCAGAGGAAGACACCUGGAUAUUGCGGAGAGGAACUGCUGCUCUAAAGUUGGCAGUGCUCUCAGACCUGUCAAGAUAAUACUGGGAGUUUUCUUUAUCCUGAUUGCAUUGCUCUUCAUUAUUUCCCUAUUUAUUUCAAAUUUGGAUAAAGCGCUUCACUCUGCUGGCAUCAGCUAUGGGUUCAUAAUCUUUGGCACCAACCUAACCAAUCCUCUCAACGAACUUCUGCUGGCCUUGCAACCUGUUUUUCCAUUGGAUUACAUCUUAAUCACAGUCAUUACCAUGUACUUUGUGCUGACAUCUAUGGCCGGCAUUCGUAACAUGGGCAUCUGGUUCUUCUGGAUAAGGCUGUACAAAAUAAGACCAAAGAAAACACGUCCCCAGGCUCUCCUUUUCCUCUGCAUGAUUCUGCUGUUGAUUGUUCUCCACACCAGCUACAUGAUCUACAGUCUGGCCCCACAAUAUGUCAUGUAUGGCAGCCAGAAAUAUCUUGUACAGAGUCAGGCACUCUCAACUGAUCCAGUACAUGGAAAUGCUACUUUUAGCACUACAAAGAUAUGUGACGCAGCCGCACCUGAGGAUCAGUGCACUGUGACUAGGACUUAUCUUUUCCUACACAAGUUCUGGUUCUUUAGCACCAUCUACUACUUUGGCAACUGGGUUUUUAUUGGGGCUUUCCUCAUUGGACUGGUGGUGUCAUGCUGCAGAGGGAAGAAAUCUGUGAUCGAAGGAGAGGUGGAGGCCGAUGACUCAGACUUAAGCGAUGAUGAAUAUGUCCAUUGAAAGAAAAAAAGCUUUUCUCUCGUAAAUAUUGCGGUCAUAACUUAAAGGGACUAGAAAGUAUAAUUCCGUCAGAAAAUAAAUGAACUGAAAUCAACCUAAUUAAAUAUAUUUGUUUUGAUUUUUCUGUGGGAUUCCAGGUUUGGUUGGACUCAUUCUUACCCUGUAAGGAGAGAGCUCAGGCUGAAUGUAGCUUCUUCAGUCGAUUUUAGUGAUAGCUCUGGGAUUCUGGGAGUGUCCUCCAACUCAAUCCUACCUUGAGAAUUCACAUUUUGACAGUCUGACAAGGAUUUCUCAUUCUUUAGGAGAAACACUGACAUUAAACAUUUACUGUUCCAAAACUCAAUGUUUAGAUUUCUACAACAGCACAAUCGUUUUUUUUUUUCCCUCUUACUUUAGGUACUCCUUCUAGUCCCCUUAAAUUAUUUAUUCAUGAAAACAUCUACACAUAUUUGAAGCACACCAAUAGUUUUACUGAAUAGUUGCUUGUUAUAAAAACAAUGAUUUCUAAAAGUUGACAUUUGUAACACUGUGAAAGGGUUUAUGUUUGCUGUAAGUUGCUUAUGGUUCAAGUGGAGAGGCUGUGUUUUAUUUUUUAUUUUUUGUCAUCUGCUGUAAUAUAAUGAAGCAUCCCUGCUCCCGCAGAACCGCUUGAUGUGUAACAUUUAAAGAACUUGUUGAUUGUGUAGUGUUUUCAGGGUUUUUAUUUAUAUGGCUUCAACCUGGUUUUGCUCCCAGUGGAGUUGAGGCAAAGCAGAAAUGGAGACGUGAAAAUAAUCGGUUACGGGUGUUUCUUUUUUCUUUUAACAAAGGCUAUGUAUCACUUCUGGUUGUACUUUAAAAACGAUCAGCUGCAGGCUUGUGAAAUAAGCUUUCAAUAGCUUCUUUUAGCCAUACACAGAUUUAUUCCUCAGUUUAUGUAUAUCAAAUUAAGACCAAUUAAUAAUUUACUCUUUGAAAUAAAGUAUUUGUGCCUCAUGAAUGUAAAAUUGCUAUGAUGGGCACACACACUUUAGUCUGUCCAAGCCUACUUUGCCCUCUUUAGAAGUCAAUACUACAAGUUUUCUUUCUUUUCUUUUUUUCUUUUUUGUUGUUUUUUGUUCUUGCCUAGUAAUUUUAAAAACAGUUACAUGAUGAUUGCAGUGAUUCUGGGGAAGCUACAGUAUGUUAAUAUUGAAUGGUACCUGUAUUUAGAAGAAUAAAACGAUUGAAAUCA